AUGGUGGGAAAGACUGGGAAGGGGAAGAGCGCUUCUGGAAACACCAUUCUGGGUCGACUGUGCUUUCAGUCCAAGUGCAGCGCCAAAUCCAUGACCACUGACUGCUCCAAAGGCUCCAGUAAUGUGGAUGGACAGCAGGUUACUGUCAUUGAUACUCCAGGUUUGUUUGACACCAAGUUUGGAGAAGAUAAAACCAUGAAAGACCUGAGUCAGUGCAUCUGUUAUGCUUCUCCUGGACCCCACAUCUUCCUGGUGGUCGUUGCAAUCGGCAGAUUCACAGAAGAAGAAAAACAAUCAGUGCAAAAGAUUCAAGAAAUCUUUGGAGACGCAGCAGACAAAUACAGCAUGGUUCUGUUUACCAGUGGAGACGACCUUGAAGACACCACCAUUGAAGAAUUCUUAUCUGAAAGCCCAGAGCUGCAAGAUCUGGUGUCGAGAUGUAACAACCAGUAUCAUGUCUUCAACAAUAGGCUGAAAGAUAAGAAACCUCAGGUCACUGAGCUGCUGAAGAAGAUCAGAACCAUUGUUGACAGGAAUGGAGGAAGUCACUACACCAAUGAGAUGUUCCAAGAGGCUGAGAGGGCA